AUGGAGGCUCGAAAAGAAUUCGUGUGGUUUCCGGUGGAGGAUUCCGAAUGGGUCCUCUGCCAGAAGCUCAGCAGGACGCCUGCCGGAGGUGCUACACUUCGGCUUGGCAAGAAGGAGUUUGUGGUGACACCGGAAGACGAGCGUUUGGUACUCCCUCGCCCCGGGCCCGCAACCCAAAACUACGCGUCGCUGGAGAAGGAUGGGCUCGGUGCUGAAAGGGUCGAGGAUGCCAUUCGGAAUCAGUUCUGCAGUACGAACCCGUACUCCAACAUCAAUCUGGUGACGUUGUGCAUCAACCCUUUCAGAACGUUGAAGAUUUUCGGCGAUGCUUAUGUCGAGAAGUACUCUGCGUUGGAUCCUGCUCUACCGCCACAUAUCUUCAACGCGUCUGCAAGCGCUUACAAAAGGAGCAUGGACAAGAAGGAGCAUCAAGUCCUCCUGCUGCUGGGAGACGAGUGCACUGGAAAAUCUACAGCUCGCGAGCACUUGCUGAGCUUCUUCGAUCAAGCCGCUGGGGAUGGCAACGAGGAGUUCAAGCAGAUGCUGACCAUCCUGGGCCCCUUCAUCUCGGCCCAGCGGCGUUGCGGCCGCCAGGUCUGGCAGUCGACCCGCGCCAUCCUGGAGGUUGAGCUGGGCCUGGCGGCAGAUGGCUUCACGUGUCGCACCCUUGCGAGCGUGAGGAUGCUUGAGACCAGUCGUCUGGCGCGCGGGGCUGGCGCGGGCUUCAAGAGCUUCGAUGCCCUGUACCUGGCAGCCAAGGAUGAAAGGGCCACAGAGUGGUUGGGAGCUGCUGUGGAGUUCCGGCUCCUUGGAGACGAGAUCGAGAUUGAGGAGUACGACGAGGAAGGCGCUGCAGGAACAAACUGGCGUGAAGCCCUGAGCUCUUUCGCGAUUGACGAUGCCGCCGUGGUGCGAAUCCUUUGUGGCCUGAUCCUCCUCGGGGAGCUGCGCUUCGACGGGGCCCAGGGAUCCUUGCGGUGCGAACCGGAAGGAGCCCUGGACGCAGCCGCAAAGGCACUGGGCGUGAAUGCGGGAUCGCUCCUGGCAGCCUUUGUUGCUGGCUCGGCCGCGCCUGCCGAUGCGGGCCUGCGUGUAGACGCUGCCGUGGUGGAGGUCUACUGCCGGCUCCUGGACCUGGUCCUUCGACAAAGCAACGACCACCUGCCAGCGGAAGCCAAGGCCAUUACCCGGCGCAUCAAAAUCGUCGAGCUGCCGUCUGGCACGGAUGCCCCUGGCAUCCAUGGCCUUCUGGCCCAGUUGCUGAACGAGGCCCGCUUCACGCGCAUGUUGCGCACCGCCCGCGGCCCGGAGAUGGGAGACGAGCUGCGGGAUGAGUCAGAGCCACAGGCAGCUGCUCAAGCAGCAGAGGCCCUGUGCCGAAAGUGCCUGGGGCUGCUGAGCGAGCCGCCAAAGCUCCGGAGCUGGGCACAGGCCCAGGAUGCUUCGGGCAGCUUCGCUUUCGACGGGGAGGUUGCCUCGAUCAGUGGUGCUUGCGGGCCUGUCCGGCAUGAACUAAGCGGCUUGCUGUCCGGGGCUGCCAUGGACAAGGUGGAGCUGGGGGACGUCCUCCAAGUCCUGGCAGAGUCCGACUGUAAGUACCUCCGAGACAUCGCGGGUCCGCCUCCUCAGAGCUCGCGAGUGGCCGAAGCUGCAGAGGCCGUUGAGACGGUUCUGGGCCACCUCGAGCCGCACCAAGCUUUCACCACCUGGCUGGUUUGCUGCCUCCGGCCCAAUGAUGGCGGGCAUGCUGACCGCGUGAACAGAGACGUGAUGCUUCGUCAAGCUCAGCAGCUCCGCUUGGCUGACAUGGUUCAGAUGACGGACAAGAACUACUGCUUUCUCUGGUCCCUGAAGGCUUUCCGCAAGAAGUACGCCGACUUAGCACCGGCGCUGGGCGCUUCCACCCCGGACGAGGAGGUCUGCCGCAUCAUCGUCAAGUCUGCCGGAGGCGAUGAGGGCACCGUGGGCGCGGAGAACGUCUUCGGCGGCCAAAUUCUGGAACGGCUCCUGGAGCACAAGUUACAGGAGAAGAUGGCCGGCGCCCAACACUUGGAGGGCACGAAAUCCGAGAUGAAGCAGCUGAUGGAGGAAAAGCUGAAGGCGGAGACGCUGCAGCGAGAACACCAGCAGGAGCGCUUGAAGGAGCUGGAAUCGUUGCGUGGCCAACACGAGGAUCAGCAGAACAAGCAGCAGCAACUGAUGCAGCAGCUUCAAGAACAGCAGCUGCAGUUGCAGAAGCAGCAGCAAGAGCAGAUGGAGGCCUUGCGCAAGCAGCAGGAGUUGGAGUUGGAUCGCCUGCGGAAGCAGCAGGAAGAGGCAUCCGCUGCAGCAGCCGCAGUGCUCGAACCUGCCAAAGAAGCACCGGCUGUCUUGCAAGUGGACUCAUCGCGAGAAGGAUCAAUGCCUAUGCGCUCCAAGAAGUUUCUGCGGCAAACGACAGAUCAUGCACUUCGCUUUCGCGCCGCUGGGGGCGAGGAGGGCAGACCCCGGCAAAGCUAUCCGGCACUUCAUGCCGCCCUGGCUCAGAUGGCCGCCAUUCUCCGUGUCGCCAAGGAGAGAGAGCAAAGCUUUCAGGCGGAUGCAGAGUUUCAGGACCAAACGCUGCAUGACCUGGAAGCCGAGCGUGAUGGCUGGAGGCAGGAGAUCAGCACGCUGUCGCAGCAGGUCAGCGACCUUCGGCACAGCCUGGAGGAGCGGGGGAGAGGCCGUGGCUUCGUGUUUCCACUAACAGAUGGCGAGGCCGACUGGGACGGAUGGGUCCGGGCAACCGUCUACAUGAUGGCAAUGCUCUACAUUUUCCUUGGCGUCAACAUCGCAGCAGACAAGUUCGUGAGUGCCAUCGAGGGCAUUACCAGCAUCAAGCGAAGAGUUCUACAGAGGUCGACCGGUCGUGUUAUCACAGUUAGCGUUUGGAAUGGGACAGUGGCAAACCUGACCUUGCUGGCGCUCGGCUCGUCCGCGCCGGAGAUUCUUCUCUCUGUGGUUGAGAUCAUUGGGAAUGGCUUCUUCGCAGGCGAGCUCGGGCCUUCGACGAUUGUGGGCUCCGCAGCCUUCAACUUGUUCUGCAUCGUGGGAGUCUGCGUUGUGGCGGUGCCAUCGGGCGAGCAGCGGCAGAUCAAGGAUCUAGGAGUCUUCUGGGUCACGGCAGCCUUCUCCAUCUUCGCCUACCUGUGGCUGGUCGUGAUUGUGCAGGUGAACUCCCCGAAUGUCGUCGAGCUGUGGGAGGCGCUACUGACACUGGCCUGGCUGCCGGUGCUGAUCGUGAUCUCGUACCUCACCGACAUCGGAUGGUUCUCCGGAAUCAGGCGGCAGCCCGUCUUUGAGAAGCCGGUGGCGCUGGUUUCGGAUGGGAAGGCCCCCCUUGCCACACUGGGGGAGCCUGGAGCCCGCAAUCGGCUGGUAUGGCGCCAUUCCCUGAAGAGAAGCCGAGAUUACCCGGAGCUCCCGGAAGAAGGGUCGGAGACUAGCGGCUCCCUUCAGAGUGAUGAGUGCUCUCUUGGCUUUCGCGACCCGGGUGUUAUUGUGAAUGAGAAAGGCUACCCUUACGAGAACGAUGCAGGCAUCAUCACGUUUUUUGAUGACAGCUUCAACGUGUCGAGUGGCCUGGAAGGACGGGACGUGGCUGUGCCGGUGUUCCGGAAGAACGGCGCACAAGGCAGAGUCAGCUGCAAGUACCACACUGAGGGCUUGUCGGCUGUUGCUGGCUACGACUUUGUGGAGACGAAGGGAGAGCUCACAUGGAACCCUGGCGAGACAUGCCAGCAGGUCUCUUUGGAGAUUCUUCCCAAGCAGCUCAGCGAAGCAUCCGACCAGUUCCAGCUGAUCCUAGACGAGCCGGAGGGUGGCGUCAUCUUCAACCCCAACCAGGAUGGAACCAGCGAUCGGUGCGUCCUGACGAUCACCAUCUUCAAUGAGAACGACGAGCUGACCAGGAACAUUGCUUCCAUUCAGAUGAGCCAGUUUGUGGACAAGGUCAUCAACAUCGACAAGCUGCGCUUGGGGACGCAGUCUUGGUACGAGGAAGUGAUUGACUCCUUCUGCAGUGUGGCAGAGGAGGGCGAAAGGGCUUCCUGUAUGGACUGGAUUCUGCACAUCAUCUCGCUGCCUUGGAAGCUCUGCUUGGCUCUGCUGAUCCCUCCCCCUGCGUACUGCGGGGGAUAUCUGUGCUUCGUAAUGUCCAUCGGUUGCAUUGGUGCACUGACAUGCGCCAUCUGCGACUUUGCGGAGCUGUUUGGAUGCGUGACAGGCUUGCAGGACUCCAUCACCGCCAUCACCGUGGUUGCGCUUGGCACGUCGGUCCCCGAUCUCUUUGCGUCCAAGAUUGCCGCAGUGUCGAACAAGUAUGCCGACGCCUCCAUAGUGAAUGUGACCGGCAGCAAUUCCGUGAACGUUUUUCUCGGCAUCGGUCUGCCUUGGUCGAUCGCCGCGAUCUAUUGGACAGUCGCAGGGCCAACAGAUGCGUGGGUCGGGCGCUACUCGACCUUGCAAGGCCAGUGGCCCAAUGGGGCCUUCGUCGUGAAGGGUGGGGACCUGGCCUUCAGCGUGGCGGUGUUUACUGUUGGCGCUGCCAUGGCCCUGCUGGUCGUCUACUUGCGCCGCAGCCGGCUCGGGGCAGAGCUCGGUGGCCCUGGAGGUCUCAAGGUGAUGUCCGGGGUCUUCCUGGGGAGCCUCUGGCUCUUCUACGUCAUCCUCUCUGUGUGGAAGGUCACGUCGGGCGAUGUCGGGAUCGGACAGCAGAUCUUUGCGAUCUUCAUCGGCUUCUGCAGCUUGGAGAACCUUGUCAUCAUCCUGGGAGUUUCCCUCCUCGUCAAGUAUGGGGCAGCUUUCUUCACGGGGAGGACAGAUCCGCCCAUGGAUGAAGAGGCAGCAGUGGGGCUCUGCACCACUGUUGGAAAGCUUGACCACCUGAGAUGCACGGGCAGCGGGCCAAGCAUAGACUUUGCUCUAGCGCCACCUACGGGCACCUACCAUUCUGUCAAGGAGGAUGCUCUUCGGCGGGGACUUGGCCAGCAGCCCGAGUGCUAUGGGCGGGCCAACAAGCCGACCGACAUCUCCUUCACCAGCGCCGCCUUCGUCUGCUUUGCGGCAAAGCGGCUGCGCCGUGCUGGCCGCAGGGUUGCGGAAAGCUUGCGAGGCGCGCGGCCUCCCAUGCCGCCGCCGUCGUUUCCUCCGCCCGACAGCGCACCUGCCAUCCAGAGGAUUCCUUCAUUCUAUUCCAUCGACACCGCACAAGGUGCUCGAGAGUCGGAACAGGAGCCCAAGCCAACCUCCCUAACGGGACGCAUGGCCGGGCUUAUCAGUGGUCAUGCGGCAGACUGGGCAGCACUGACGGUUGCAGGCCUGGCUGCCGGGACCCUUGCCGAUCCGAAUGGGCCACGCUUCCUCAGUCCAUGA